UCGCGCCUGCGCACUAGCAGCUGGCCGGGCGCUCGCUGGGGGAGCUGCUGCAGGCUCCGCGGCGGCGGCGGCAACGGAGGCUGCGGGGGCAGCGGCGCUGGCGGCCGGGCUUGGUGGUGGAGCCGAGCCCGGCCCGGGAGCCCUAGCAGCUAAGGUGCGGGGUACCUAGGCCCCUCACGCUGGACUCCACAGUCUCCGGGCCGCCUGACCUCUGCACGGGUAUAUGGGAUGGAAGCGGGACCCUCGGGAGCAGCCUCUUGUCUUGUAGCUGCGGGCGCCUACCUGCCCCCCCUGCAGCAGGUGUUCCAGGCACCUCGCCGGCCUGGCAUUGGCACUGUGGGGAAACCAAUCAAGCUCCUGGCCAAUUACUUUGAGGUGGACAUCCCGAAGAUUGACGUCUACCACUACGAGGUGGAUAUCAAGCCGGAUAAGUGUCCUCGCAGAGUCAACCGGGAAGUGGUGGAAUACAUGGUCCAGCAUUUCAAGCCUCAGAUCUUUGGUGAUCGCAAGCCCGUGUAUGAUGGAAAGAAGAACAUUUACACUGUCACAGCACUGCCCAUUGGCAACGAACGGGUUGACUUUGAGGUGACAAUCCCUGGGGAAGGGAAGGAUCGAAUCUUCAAGGUCUCCAUCAAGUGGCUAGCCAUUGUGAGCUGGCGCAUGCUGCAUGAGGCCCUGGUUAGUGGCCAGAUCCCUGUUCCCUUGGAGUCUGUGCAAGCCCUGGAUGUGGCCAUGAGGCACCUGGCAUCCAUGAGGUACACCCCUGUGGGCCGCUCCUUCUUCUCACCGCCUGAGGGCUACUACCACCCGCUGGGGGGUGGGCGCGAGGUCUGGUUCGGCUUUCACCAGUCUGUGCGCCCUGCCAUGUGGAAGAUGAUGCUCAACAUUGAUGUCUCAGCCACUGCCUUCUACAAGGCACAGCCAGUGAUUGAGUUCAUGUGUGAGGUGCUGGACAUCCGGAACAUAGAUGAGCAGCCCAAGCCCCUCACUGACUCCCAGCGCGUUCGCUUCACCAAGGAGAUCAAGGGCCUGAAGGUGGAAGUGACCCACUGUGGGCAGAUGAAGAGGAAAUACCGUGUAUGUAAUGUUACCCGCCGCCCUGCCAGCCAUCAGACGUUUCCCUUGCAGCUGGAGAGUGGACAGACUGUAGAGUGCACAGUGGCACAGUAUUUCAAGCAGAAAUAUAACCUUCAGCUCAAGUAUCCCCACCUGCCCUGCCUGCAAGUUGGCCAAGAACAAAAGCAUACCUACCUGCCCCUGGAGGUCUGCAACAUUGUGGCUGGGCAGCGCUGCAUUAAGAAGCUGACUGACAACCAGACUUCAACUAUGAUAAAGGCUACAGCUAGGUCGGCCCCGGACAGACAGGAGGAGAUCAGCCGCCUGAUGAAGAAUGCCAGCUACAACCUAGAUCCCUACAUCCAGGAAUUUGGGAUCAAAGUGAAGGAUGACAUGACGGAAGUGACGGGGCGAGUGCUGCCGGCGCCCAUCUUGCAGUACGGCGGCCGGGUGAGCAGGAACCGAGCCAUUGCCACACCCAAUCAGGGUGUCUGGGACAUGCGGGGGAAACAGUUCUACAAUGGGAUUGAGAUAAAAGUCUGGGCCAUCGCCUGCUUCGCACCCCAAAAACAGUGUCGAGAAGAGGUGCUCAAGAACUUCACAGACCAGCUGCGGAAGAUUUCCAAGGAUGCAGGGAUGCCCAUCCAGGGCCAGCCUUGCUUCUGCAAAUAUGCGCAGGGGGCGGACAGCGUGGAGCCCAUGUUCCGGCAUCUCAAGAACACCUACUCAGGGCUGCAGCUCAUAAUUGUCAUCCUGCCAGGGAAGACGCCAGUAUAUGCUGAGGUGAAACGUGUUGGAGAUACACUCUUGGGAAUGGCUACGCAGUGUGUGCAAGUGAAGAAUGUGGUCAAGACCUCGCCUCAGACGCUGUCCAACCUCUGCCUGAAGAUCAAUGUCAAACUUGGUGGCAUUAACAACAUCCUAGUCCCACACCAGCGCUCUGCCGUCUUUCAGCAGCCAGUGAUAUUCCUGGGAGCAGAUGUUACACACCCCCCAGCAGGGGAUGGGAAAAAACCUUCUAUCACAGCAGUGGUCGGCAGUAUGGAUGCCCACCCGAGCCGUUACUGUGCUACUGUGCGCGUACAGCGACCACGGCAGGAGAUCAUUGAAGACUUAUCCUACAUGGUGCGUGAGCUGCUAAUCCAGUUCUACAAGUCCACCCGCUUCAAGCCUACCCGCAUCAUCUUCUACCGAGAUGGGGUUCCUGAAGGCCAACUCCCCCAGAUCCUUCACUACGAGCUGCUGGCCAUUCGUGAUGCCUGUAUCAAACUGGAAAAGGACUACCAGCCUGGGAUCACUUAUAUUGUGGUGCAGAAACGCCAUCACACCCGCCUUUUUUGUGCUGACAAGAAUGAGCGAAUUGGGAAGAGUGGUAACAUCCCAGCGGGGACCACUGUGGAUACCAACAUCACCCACCCAUUUGAGUUUGACUUCUAUCUGUGCAGCCACGCAGGCAUCCAGCCAUCCCCUCUGCCCAACCUGGGGCCCCUCACCUUCCUAUCUUCCCAGGGCACCAGCCGACCAUCCCAUUACUAUGUCCUUUGGGAUGACAACCGUUUCACAGCGGAUGAACUCCAGAUCUUGACGUACCAGCUGUGCCACACUUAUGUACGAUGCACACGCUCUGUCUCUAUCCCAGCACCUGCCUACUAUGCCCGCCUGGUGGCUUUCCGGGCACGAUACCACCUAGUGGACAAGGAGCAUGACAGUGGAGAGGGCAGCCACAUAUCGGGGCAGAGCAAUGGGCGGGACCCCCAGGCCCUGGCCAAAGCUGUGCAGGUUCACCAGGAUACUCUGCGCACCAUGUACUUCGCUUGAAGGCAGAACGCUGUUACCUCACUGGAUAGAAGAAAGCUUUCCAAGCCCCAAGAGCUGUGCCACCCAAAUCCAGAGGACGAGGGAGGAGGAAGGGGGGUAGGGAAGAAUACAGAAGGCCUUGUUUCCUUCUACAAAGGGGGCAAAAGGUUGGGGAACAGGGCCAGUAAGCCAGACCACCAGCCAGAAAUCUCUGAUAUCCACCUCAUGCCCCUGACCCCUCACCCAUCUUGUCACAUCUGGCCCUGACCCCACUGGACCAAGAAGGGCAGCAUCAGUGCCCACCAUACACACAGGUGUCUCAUGUGACUCACAAUGCUAAAGACUCAUGCCUGACAGCUUGGUAAAGUCAGCUCUGCAGCCCUAUGGACAAAAGCUGGUAGAUUUGGGCUUGAUAUUUUAGAUGGGAAAGUGAGAGGCUUGAGAAAGUGGGUGGGAGGAGGGAAGGAUUCUUUAGGAGCCUUAAUCAGAAAAGGUCUAGAUUUGUUUAAGAAAAAAAAGUGAAACCUGAUCCAGAUCAAUAUUUUAGAAUACUAGAUGUUUUAAUGGGUUGGGAAUCCAGUUUGUAGGAAGAUUUUUAAUGCUAAUGGUUUCAUUUGCUCCUCCCCAGCUGCCACCACCCCUUUCCUAUAUUCCUCUUUCUCCACCUUUUCUACCCCACCUUACACCUCCUCCCUGACAGACAUCCAGCCCCUAGUAAGACUUAAGGCACUAUGGCACUUAGCUCUGAAAUGACACGACCCUGUCUUCCUUCCGCCUGCUGGUGGGUAACCAGUGCCUUCCCUGUAACGGUAAUGCUGCAGAACUGCAACCUUUUGUACCUUUCUUUGGGGGAUGGGGUGGGGGUGGGAAAGGAGGUAGGUAGGGAAGAAAUACCCCUAACUCAACAAGCCUCCAGCCAGAGCGCCAGCAAUUUUGCAUUUGAAGGAAUUGACUUCCAUAUUCAUUGAGCUUUUAAAAAGAUCACAACCUCAAAAUGGUUAAAAUCCAUUGACAUUUGCACUUUCAGACAUGACAAGUCUCGGAGCUGCUGAGAUGACUGGCCCCUGGCCUUUCCACUUAUGUCUCCUCUUCUCCCUGUCUCCCGUAUCUUCCCACCUGCCUGGAUCUGGAGGAGUUACUUCCCUAGCAUUUCUUGCUCUUGGCUUUUCUCCUGAUGGUCAAGUCUCUUAUGUUUCAAUAUUUCUUAACUGGGGUGUCUUAUAACAAAUGAUCCUUAGGUCUAAAAUAAGAAAAAAGAGCAAAAACUAAAUGUUAUUUUUAUACCAUAACUCGAGUCUAUUGCCAAAAUCUGGAAAUCCCUCCCAUGCCCAGUGAGUUUACAUCCCAGAAACAUGGAGCCAUCAGAAGGAACUAUGUACCUGACUUGUUCUUUGGCCUGGCCAGGCAGGUGGGUCUAGCCCCAGGGUGGGGCUCAGACACUAUCCUUCCUCGUGCAGAUAAUACCUUUUUCUUGCUACAGGUUCCCUCUGCACUGCCUUGCACUCUUUCUUGCAAAUGCAUCUUCCCUUUUUCUAGACUGUCCUCCUGACACUUUGGCUCAUUCCCAAUUCCAGUGUGUCCUGUGGACAGACUGGGGAUUUUGCUGCUCCCUAUUGCUUCUGUUUACACAAAUGAAUUUUCCUGAUUUCCCCACUAGGGCAUGUAAGUGGGUGGCAUGAUUCUUUUUUUUUUUUUUUGUCGUAUCCUUGGAUAAAGAUGGGUUUGGCUGUCUUACAGACCUGGAAAAGUAGGGGGUUCUAGCUUGGUGCCUGCUGGCCUUGAAGCGAGGCCCCCCUUUUUCCUGAGCUGUUCAUUUUUUCCUGUCCCACUCCUGAGGUGCAGUUAGAGCUUCAGUGUGGAAGUUUCUCUUUCUGAGGAACCUGGGCUUUGGUUUGCCCCAAUCUGGUGAUAAAGCCAUGAUAGUUUAGACCUAGCUCAGGCUUGGAGGCCAGCCAGAGGAAGGCCAGUCUGAAUCUGGGCCUUUGUAUUUAGAGCUACCAUUUCCCCUCUCCAGCAGCCCUUGUACAAACCCAGAUUUGCUAUGCAAAACAGUCUAUCCCAGGUUCUGUUUGGGUUGGUUCUUGGUUCAGUGACUUCACAAAACAUAGCACAAACAUUGAUUAUGAAGAAGGCAUCAGGACUGUUGAGUAACUCCUCCUUUACUUCCUUCCUACUGGCUAUAGCGUGUGGUGCCCCAUGGGCACAGCCCAGCUGCAGAACAAAAUGGAGGGUUCUCGGAGGAGGCAACUCACUGGAGAGCCUACAUUCCUUACACAAGUGCCUAAAGAGAGUGAUGCCAACACUCCAUCUGCCCUGUUCAUCGCCUUCAUAUACUGUCUACUUCGUGUUCAGUCACCCUUUGGGGAGGGGAGCUCUCUUGGGACAGUGGGCUCUGCAUGUUCUCUUCUUGGGUGCAUUUUGGGGCUAGGAUCAGGGCACUAUUCCUGGAGGGUCCAGUUAUUCACCAGCAUUUGCAAAUGUCCACAGGGAGCUGGUGGUAGCCACCUACUCUCAACACGUUUGUGUUCUCUCUUUCUCUCUUUGCCUCACUCUCUCACAUGGGUUUUGAGCUGGGGCUUGAAAUGCAUUUUUUAGCUCUUUGGCAUUGCACAUGCCACUCAAGAAAUAAAUGCAAAAGCAGCAGCUUGGACAUUGGCAAGAAAACGACUUCUUGCUUUUAAUUUUAUUUUUUUUAAUCUUUGAGACUGAAAAAUACCUUUGACCUUGAGGAUUAUUCUUGUUUGAAAGGUAGUGCAUGUAGAUUGAGAAGUGCUGUUGGCGACAAGCUUUGGUUUUCUGGGCUUUGGUUUAAGUGGUGCUUCUUAAGCUCUGAGGAAGUGCUGGGGUGACCCCAGCCUCAUCCUCUUAGAUAGGUCUUUUACCCCCUUUGUUCUACUCUUUGCCUUCCUUUUCCUCUUCUUUCUGUUCCUGGCUUCCUGUUCCUUCUAUUCACUCAGCUUAUCUACUGGCCUGCCUAUGUAAUGAUGAAUUCUCUGCAUGGCUACAAUGCUCUCACUGUUAUCUUGGCAAGGUCAGGCUUAGCUCUUUGGCUUUGGAAGACCAAGAAUCUAUUCCCCAAGUCCAGUGAUGUCCUUUCUGGGCUGGACUGCCAUCAAGCUCACACAAGGGUAGAGCAGCAGGCCUGCCCAACUAGCAUGAAAUCAGGAGGGCUUCUGGCAACUUCCACGCCUGUCUACUCCUUGGGGUCAGUAUCUCUCGACUUUUCUUGAUCUGGUUCCAUUUCUCUCUACCUGGGGCCUCCCUUUUCUAAGGAUAUCCUAGGGUUGAGCUAUUGGGUAUCCAGGGUUGAAGGGUUAAGGGAUGGACAUGGGGGAGGAAAAGAGUGAUGGGAAGAGAAUGGAGAGGAUUUGGAUAAAAGGUAGGAAAGGAGAGCACUGCUCACUGGUAAUUUUUCCAAUCCAGCCUGUCCCACUGGGGGUUGAGGUGCUACUUCUGGCCUCUGGGGAUAAACCUGGGCUGUUUUUGCUGGGAACCUAAGCUUAGACUAAUGCUGAAAGGGGUAUCUAAAAGUGUGAAACCUGCCUAUAAAGCUCCUGGUUCCCACCUACAGAUAGCUCCUCUGUGGCCGCCUCUUUGGCUCAACAAGUUCCUGGAUAAGUUUUUCUUUUUUCGUGCCCAGAAUUCUGUAAAUGAGUCUGGCACUCAAGAUGGGCAGCCAAGGGGACACUUUGAUUUCUUAGCUGGACCAUGGUAUACAGUGGGACAGUGUUUUAGACCUGGUAUCAUAUGUAACAAACAAGGAUGGAAGUUCCUUCCCCUUCAGGAUAGAAAGUCAUCUUAAACGAGCCAAAAUGCAGUUUUGGAAACUACAUCAGGGGAAGUUAUUUUUAUUUAUAUUUACAUUUACUGGGCCUAGGCCAACCCAGGAUGGUAGCUGGGAUGCCUUCCUUCUUAAAGUUUGAUCAUGGCAGGGAUAUGCAGGGCACUCUUUCCUUUUUGGCCUUCUGAGCAUAAUGGGAAGAAGGGAUUCUCUGGUUUUCUUCCCCCAUUCCCCACCCUCCAUUAAUUAGGACUUGCCUUCUCCCUGGGCAGGGAGAGAGGCUAGGUUGGUGCUCUCCCCUUACUCUAUUCCUACUGACUCAGAACCUCUGGCUGCUGUUUGGGAGCCCAAGAAAGGGAGUGGAGGGAAUGGGCUCAAAACAAAACAGAAUAAGGUGAGGAAGGCAGAUUUCCUUCUUUAAAAAGGAAAAUAGGAAACCCUCCAAGAAUUGUGCAAGACAAUGUGUCAAAUGCACUGAGUCCCCUGGUGUAGUAGCAAUAAGGAAAAAUGAAAUGACUUUCCUGUGCACACAGUCCAACCUGACUGGUGUGUGAUGUUGCACUUAGCAGCCAUCCGGUGGGCAUGUGUGACUACUCUGGGUUUCACUUUAGUUUCUAAACUUUUUGUUCCUCUCAAGUCCAGCAUGGAUGGGGAAAUGUCCCUAGAGCCCCACAGCUGUGUACUUGUUUGCAUUUUGUUUCCCUCUGAGACUUGUGUUUGUGUCAUGCUUUGAGCUGUACCUUGUCCAGUCCAUUGUAAAAUUAUCCCAGCAGCUGUAAUGUACAGUUCCUUCUAAAGCAAGCAAGAGCAGCAGCACAAUUCUGUGUUUUAUAAAGAUGACAGUGGCUUCUAUUUCUAAAGUGCGGUCUCUCUCUCUUUUUUUUUCCUAUUAGCAAAACAAACUAUUGGAAUUAAUCAUAUCUCUGGUAGAUUUUAGUUUAGAGUAACAGAUUAUUACAAGAGCAGAACCAUCACUUCUAAAGGAAGAAAGUAGAUAAAACAAAUUCCAGAGUGUUGAAACUGCAUAUUCUAUGGAAUCAUACAGGGUCUCCACUUAUUCUUUCAACAAAUACACAAAGCACCAUGUCUAGCAGUACUGUGGGGGAGAAGGCAAGCACAAUUCAAAAUUGAGAAAAACUGUUUUUUUCCUUAAGGACCUUAAAGUUUGAUGGGGGAUAUGAAUAACCAAAUGGUUCUGGUAUAGGAGUGAGAUGGGGGCCUGGAUUGAGGCUGUAAAGCUAUAGCAAUGAGGAUAGAGAAGAAAGGCAAAUUUGAGACACACUCAGGAAAUAGAAUUAAUAGGACUCAAUGGAUGAUGGAGGAAGAAGAGAGUAGAGGCUAAUGCCUGGGUUUCUGCUUAGAAGCAGUGAGUAAAUUGGGACUCUGAUCAAGAUUGGAGGAGAAGGAAGACUCAGAAGGAAGGUGGUGAAUUUAUUGUAAAGAAAGACAAUUAGCCUUUUAUAGACUGGGUUUUGAGGUUUCCAUGGGGCAACGAGGUUAAGGGUGUCAAUAAACACUUAUGUUUUGGUGCUCAGGAAAGACUAUAAAACUGUAGUUAUAGAUGUGAGAUUCAUACUCAUAGGUGGUAGUUAAAAGCCACAGGAAUGAACAAGAUGGCUUAAAGAAAGAGUAAAGCAAGAGAAACAUAGCACACAACUCUAGGAAAACACUUAAACUGUGGGAUGAGGAGAGGAAGCCUACCUAAGAUGACUCAAAUCACUAGUAGAUACCAUAUAUUUGACUGAUUUAAUGAGAUGGGAGAAAAAUCAAGAGAGUGGAAUAGGAUCCAAGAAGGGCAUGAUUAACAACAUAAGCUGCUGCAUUGAGGAGGGGAUGUUAUUUUCCAGUCACUUUAUCAUUCUCCAUCCCAUCUUCUCUGGGAUCUUAUAAUUUUAUGGUCAUUCUCCAGUAUUUCUUGAAAAUGAGCACUGGAAAAACCAACUUUAAGUAAGUCUAAGACUAGGACUUUCAAGGUGUUCACCACAACCACCACUGCCAUCUCCACCUCCAGCUUCCUGUCCUCAGGAGAUACUUGUAAAAGAAUAAAAUAAACAAACCUAAUUUUGUUCCUCA